UCAACGCCGAAGUCAAUAAUGAAUCAAAUAAUGUAAACAAUAGUGGAAAUAAUAAUAUGAUCGAUAAUAAAGAUGAUAAUAUAACUGAUAGUGAAGACAAUAAUAUGAUCAAUAAUGAAGAUAACAAUAUGAUCGAUAAUGAAGACAAUAAUAUGAUCAAUGGUGAGGAAGAUAGCAUAACAAAUAAUGUAGACAAUGACGAGUACGAAGGUAAGAUCAAUAACUCACAUGAUAUUGAUAAUGAAUUAUAUAAUGGCAAAGAUCUUUUCUCAUAG